AUGGAAGCGACUCUCUCCAUCCAAAGUUUGAUUCUUUUUGUUUUAUUGGUUCAAAUUUCUUGUGUUGUUCUUUGUGAUGGGCUUAAGAGGUUUGUGAAAUUGCACUAUGUAUCGAAGGCUAUGUAUUACAGUGACAUAGUCUGAGCAAAAGUGCAGAAAGAAAGAGCUGUUAAAUCAGCAAGCGGCCAGACAACCGUCGGGAUAGAUCCACAGGUGAAGCGGACUUCCUCUGCUUUCAGCUACUAAAUCUAUCCUACAGAUUUGUGAACAUUGUGAAUCUCAAUUUGAACCAUCCAAUACUUCAAAUUUGUUGUUGUUGUUUAUUGCACCUUGUAUAGAAGGUCAUGCCUCGUUCUGGUGGCAUGGCCAUUUUCUAGGAUGCGUAAAGGAAUAGCUGUUAAUUCAGUAAGCGGCCAGACAACCGUUGGGAUAGAUCCACUGUUGUUGCGGUUUUUUCUCUCCGCUCUCAACUACUAAAUAUAUCCCACAUUUUCUCUACUUAUCAAUCCGAAUUUUCACUAUUGAUUGGUUCUGUGGAUUUGGUUUUGCGUAUAUAUUCUCUAAACAGACAGAAGACUUGAUUUGA